AUGUACUCUCUGAUGGUCAGGGGGUUACUCGGCCCCACACCGACUGCCGAGCCCCGCACGGUCGCCAGUCGGUUUUCCCCACCUUCCCGGCAUCUGCCCGCUUGCACUUUUCGGCUGGGCGGUCCCCGCGUGACCACCGUCACAGUGGCCUUAAGAUUUGGAGUGACUCCAGGGACACUGCACUACUUUUAUAGAUAUAUUAUUGAGGCCCUAAGAGAGUUGUCUGUGCGGUACAUUGUCUGGCCUUCUCGAGAGGAACGAGAGGUUAUUAAAAAUGCUUGGGGAAAGGCGACAGGUUUUCCUGGAGUUAUAGGAGCUAUUGACUGCACUCAUGUGCCCAUAAAUGCACCGUUGGAAACUCCUGCAAAUUAUGUUAAUAGACAUGAUCUUCACAGUAUUAAUGUGCAAUGUGUAGUGGACAACAACCUGUUGGUUCGAGAAAUUCAUGCAGGUGAAGUUGGAUCCAUGAAUGAUCGGAGAGUCUUCAGGCGAAGCGCUCUGCACAGGCGAAUGUUAGAAAGAGGAGAUGACCGCAUUAUUGAAGAUGAUGAAAAUCUAGUUGGUGAUGGAGGGUACACUCUUACUGACUUUAUGAUGAUUCCCUUUCCAAAUAAUGGACACCUUACACCAGAGCAACAAACAUACAACAGGGCUCUUUCCCAAGCUCGGGUCAGAGUGGAAAACCCCUUUGGCCUUGGGAAGGGAAAAUGGCGUAGACUAAAGUACCUGUAUGUCAGAGAUCCAGCCCUAGCUGUUGAUCACAUUACAGCUUGUUUUGUCAUUCAUAACUUCCUCAUUAUAAAUGGUGCAGCCAUGAUUGAUGAUGAACAAUUAAGGAGACCUGUUCGUCCACAUGAAAUAUUAGGCAAUGAGAAUUUUGAUAACAAUCCUGACGACCCACAGGACAUUGUCAACCCAAAUCUUGAUGAUGCUGAAGAAGUUGCUGCAUUACUGCGUGCUGCUGAAGACAGAGGAGCCGAGAAGAGGAACAUGAUUAUGCACCGCUUACAUAAUCAGCAUGCCUAAACAUCAUCAAUGAUCUCAGUCACAUGCACAAACUGUGUUACUAAAUUUUAAGUAUUCUAAUUUUUCUAAGAAAUUGUGA